AUGGGAUCACUGAUAUCUCAAACACUACAAGAUUACCUUGAGCCAACAAAUCAGCUAGACCUCCACCUAUUAACACAUUCCCAUUACGACCAUCUUGGCUGCACGCCAUUGUUAAAACAAAGAUAUCCUCAACUAUCUAUUGGUGCCCACCCUAUUUUAGCCGAUAUUAUUCAACGCCCAAAUGCUAUCCAAUUAAUUCGAACCCUAAAUGACACAUUCCUAAAUAACGUCACACCAGAACUCAAAAAGAAUAUUAUCCUAUUUGAAACAUUUCCCGUAGACCUAUUUCUAAAAGAUCAAGAGAUACUAGACCUUGGUGGCAUUAGUAUUCAGGUGAUCUACACACCUGGCCAUACACGUGACUCUAUUAGUUUCUAUAUCCCCGAAGCUAAAGCACUUAUUCCAGGUGAAGCUACAGGCAUACCAGAUAGAACAGGCAACAUUAUGCCUGAAUUUCUUCAGAGUUAUACAACGUAUCUAAAAAGUUUAGAGAAACUUACAAACCUUGACAUUGACUACCUCUGUUUACCACAUAACUAUGCGCUACAAGGAGAAGAGGCAAAAACGUAUAUAUCACAAUCAAUAGCUGCAACAAUCGCUUUUAAAAAUACAAUUUUAGAGACACUACACAUAACACAUGGUAGUAUCGAUCAAGCUUUAAAACAUCUAAUGAACCAACUCUAUACAGCAGACAUUGGACAGCCAAAAGAUUCUUUUACCUUAAAUCUACAAGCAAUGAUCAAAACAGUCGUCAAAGAAUUUGGCAACGAUGCUUCUUUCAAACCAUCCUAG